CAUCAUUUCAUAACAGUCAAGUCAGCCUGUGAGUUAGAUUCCACCAGCAGAGCCUCCAUGUGUCCCUGAGCAGCCCCGUCCUCCCUCCAUCAUGCCUGUCGAGGAGCGCCGUCCCUGGAAAAUGCAGUUCAGUGAAGCCCGCUGAAGUUCAACCGCUCUCCAUUCAUAGCUGAGGGGAAAAAAGGAAGUCAGAAGGUCUCCGAAUCGGAGGAAGGUCAGCCCAGCUUCCCGCUAGUCGAGUUCUCUCUGACCAAAAGAUGUCAACAAACACGGCCGACGGUGUGGGAAGAGGAACCAAAGCCUCCAGAGCGUCAAAGGAUCAUAAAAAGCCCACAGCGGCCGCCCUGAAAGGAGCCAUCCAGCUGGGAAUCGGCUACGCUGUGGGGAACCUCAGCUCCAAGCCAGACAGAGAUGUUCUCAUGCAGGACUUCUCUGUGGUGGAGAGUGUCUUCCUGCCCAGUGAGGGCAGCAACCUCACCCCAGCUCAUCACUUCCCAGACUUCCGGCUGAAAACGUACGCUCCUCUGGCGUUCCGAUACUUUCGAGAGCUCUUUGGCAUCAAACCAGAUGACUACCUGUACUCCAUGUGUAACGAGCCUCUGAUUGAGCUGUCCAACCCCGGCGCCAGCAGCUCCUGGUUCUACCUCACCAGCGACGACGAGUUCAUCAUCAAGACGGUGCAGCACAAGGAGGCCGAGUUCCUCCAGAAGCUGCUUCCUGGUUAUUAUAUGAAUCUGAAUCAGAACCCCAGGACGCUGCUGCCCAAGUUCUACGGCCUUUACUGCAUCAACUGCGGCGGCGUCACCGUCCGGGUGGUGGUGAUGAACAACGUGCUGCCGCGAGCCAUAAAGAUGCACUACAAGUACGACCUGAAGGGCUCCUCCUACAAACGCAGGGCCUCACGCAAAGAGCGGGCCAAGUCCUCCCCGACUUUCAAAGACCUGGACUUCCAGGAGAUGCACGAAGGUUUGCACUUCGACCCGGACACCUACAACGCUCUGAUGAAGACCCUGCAGAGAGACUGCCGGGUCCUGGAGAGCUUUAAGAUCAUGGACUACAGCCUCCUGCUGGGGAUUCACGUGUUGAAUCGGAAGCCUCUGAGCAGAGGGAGCAGAUGUGACAGCAGGAAGGGACAGAAAGUCCUCUACUCCACCGCCCUGGAGUCCAUCCAGGGGACGGUGAAGGACCCAGAACCGGUGGCUGACGACGACACAUUGGGUGGAAUUCCUGCCAGACAUAAAGACGAGAGCCUGCUCAUCUUCCUGGGAAUCAUCGACAUCCUGCAGUCUUACAGGUUCAUUAAGAAGGUGGAGCACUCCUGGAAGGCUCUGGUCCACGAUGGGGACACAGUGUCAGUCCACAGGCCCAGUUUUUACGCGGACAGGUUCCUGAAGUUUAUGGGCUCGACUGUGUUUAAGAAGCUCCAUCCUUUGAGAGGAGCGUCGUCCAAGAGGAAGAGGAACUCUCUCCACGCCAUGAAGUCGGCCUCGCAGGAGUUCCUGUCCCCCCAGAAGGAGAAGAAGGAGGAGAAGAAGGCCCAGAGCAUGGACAACCUGGACGGAAACUUUUACGGCUCGUCUGAACAGCCAGACCUGCUUCCAAGGACUGCACUUUCCUUUGAGUCCACCCAUGUAGAUGAAGACGACCUGGACAACAGUGAAGACAGACGAGACUCCAGCUCCACGCUGGCUCUGGACGAUCCUCUGCCGUCCCUCAGCAGAAGUCAGUCCGACUCCGAGCUGGACGUCUACUUGCAUCACACAGUCGCACCCAGACCACCCAGCUGGACUUGAUCGGGCGUCUAUACAGUUGAGAAUGGACGAGUGCCAUUUCCAGUUCGUCUGAUAUUUGACCUCCAGCAGAACAGAGACAUCAGGACCUCGGCUCAGCCUCGACAGAGCGCCCACUAGAAGCAGUUUCUAAAGUCGGGAGUCUGUCCGACUUACAUUCCAGAGUCAAACUCAGGGUGUUUCUGUGCGUUUAAACCACUGCGACACUGCGUCGAUCAACAGUAAAUCACUACAAAGCUGCCUCAUAAGGCUGUGACUGUACACUUCUGCCGCAUCUGAUUCCUGAAUCGUCUUGAGAUGCUAAAAAUGUCCCAGAGGCUGGCUCCCUGAGGAAGGUGAUUGUGUUAGCGUCUAAAAAAUUAGCUGUUACUUUAAAAUCCUGUGUUUUUAGAGAUGUUUUGAUGAUUAUGGUUGUAUAAAAAAAAAGCUGGCAGGUAUGCAAUUCACUUAUGUUUGAAUUAAAAAUAUUGUAAAAUUACAUUUUUGAUGUAUAAAACGUGUGAAGCUGAAGUUAGCAUUUAGCUCAUAGCACCACAGUGCCUACGAUCUUUCUUAUUUGUCAUAUUUCUUUCUUGUUAAUACUACACUUGAUAUAUUAUUCAGUCUUUAUUUUAACUUGUACAUAUCUCAUCAAGAAUCGUGAAAGCGAUGAUAAGAACUCCAAAACCAAACAAAGGAUGGAGUCUCUUGGAUGUUCUGGAUGGUUGGACUGAAAUCUGCUUCACACUCAGGAUGAGACGUGGGGAAAGUGUUUUAUUGGCAGCAGUAUACCAGCUGGUCAUCGGGACAGUGAGUCUUUCUCUCUAAUGUGCUUUGGACACAGAUUUCAUUUUACCUUGGAUCUAUUAAAAUAACAGAUUUCGUCAAAGGUCCAUCUUUCAGGAGGCAAAAAAAAAAAAACAACAAAAAACAACUUUAAUUUCUUCUACUUGUUGUCCACAUGCCUUAAAAUGUUAGGCCUGUGUGUGAUUUAUAGGUAUUCAUUUGGGUUUUAGCAAUAUUGUAAAGUAAUACUUGGGUAAUAAAUGGUUAUUUAAUGUGCUGGUGUUCCU